CUUCUACUCCUGCUGCUGCUGCUACUCCCAGACUGAGCACAGACUGAGCACAGGAGCAGAGAGAGAGAGAGAGAGAGAGAGAGAGGAGAAGCGGCGGCAGGAAAAGAGUGGCAGCAGGCAGGCAGCGUGGAGAGCUGGUGUAAGAGCCCCGCACUCUCGGGAGACUGAUCGCUGCAAGGCUUUGAUCAGCCCCAGAAUAGUUAGCACAAGUCUCUCUCUCCUUCUUCUCCCCCCCCAAGGGAGGGGGGAGGAGGCGAGAUCCUCUCUGCAUUAAGGUGCAGCCUGCCCUACUGCUUGCAGGAAGAUGCGAACUCAGGGCAGAGGCAGAGCCCCAGAGGAGACGCUGCGACUACCUGUGUGGCCCCGCCACGGUGCCUGCUGAGACCUGAGCCUGCAACCUCAGCCACCAUCACCAUGUGAACGCUUCGAAUCCGGUUCGGUGCUGCUGCUUGGACCCAUCAUUCUUAUGAGAUGCUGAUUAUUUAAGGAAAAAAGAGGGGGAGGGAAACCUCUCCCCCAUCUUUUCUUGUUUUCUUUUCUUUUUCAUUCUUUCACCCCCUCCCUUUUUCCUUUUUUUUCUAUUUAAAGCCCAGCUCUCCUGGAGAUCACUUUAGGUGGGAGUUUUCCUCUGAAGACCGAGGCAGUUCCAGAGCAAUAUCAGGAAGUGUCUUAUUCCAUGUGUUGUCCCUUGAGAAUUGAAACCUGCAGAUGGAGCCAUCUAGGUUCUGUCCAUUCUGGAUGGUAGGUUGUAUUUCACAAGAAACAGAUCUCAUUAGCUUUACAAAGAUAAUGAUUCCAAAGACUACCAGAUAAUUGCCACUGGCUAAGCAAGAAGGCUCACGUGGGCAUUACUACAGUUCUGGAAGGGUGCAAGAACCAUUCUGCAGGCUGCUCCAUCUGUCAAAAUAUCUGAACACCCUGUUCCAAUAACAACUAAGGACAGAUUUGCACAUAGGGAACUAGGGCAACAGCCACAGCACCUGAAACACCACAGAAAGAAACUGGGGAAGAAGGAAAGCGGUGUCACCAUGGAGAAGGACAGCAUGACCCUAGCUGAUCAACAAUAUGAAUGUGUAGCUGAGAUUGGUGAAGGAGCCUAUGGGAAGGUGUUCAAGGCCCGGGACCUGAAGAAUGGUGGACGUUUUGUAGCACUGAAGAGGGUGCGGGUGCAGACAAGCGAAGAGGGGAUGCCACUUUCCACCAUACGUGAGGUGGCUGUAUUGAAGCAUCUGGAAACAUUUGAGCAUCCCAACGUGGUCAGGUUGUUUGAUGUAUGCACAGCAUCCCGAACAGACCGAGAGACGAAACUAACACUGGUGUUUGAACAUGUUGAUCAAGACUUGACCACUUAUUUGAAUAAAGUUCCAGAGCCUGGUGUGCCUAGCGAAACUAUAAAGGACAUGAUGUUUCAACUCCUGCGAGGGCUUGAUUUUCUGCAUUCGCACAGAGUGGUCCACCGUGAUCUGAAACCGCAAAACAUUCUAGUCACCAGCAAUGGACAGAUAAAAUUAGCCGACUUUGGCCUUGCAAGGAUCUACAGUUUUCAAAUGGCUCUUACAUCUGUGGUUGUCACUCUAUGGUACAGAGCUCCUGAAGUUUUGCUUCAAUCCAGUUAUGCAACACCAGUCGAUCUUUGGAGCGUUGGCUGCAUAUUUGCAGAAAUGUUCCGUCGAAAGGCUCUUUUUCGUGGAAACUCGGAUGUUGAUCAGCUAGGAAAAAUCUUUGAUGCAAUUGGGCUUCCCAAAGAAGAGGACUGGCCCAGUGACGUUGCCCUCCCAAGGAAUGCUUUUCCUGCUAGAGAUCCACAGCCCAUUGAGCUUUUCGUAACGGAUAUUGAUGAACUAGGCAAAGACUUGCUGCUUAAAUGUUUGGCAUUCAACCCCACAAAGAGAAUAUCAGCUUACGAUGCCUUAUCUCACCCUUAUUUUCAUGAUCUGGAGAAAUGCAAGGAGAAUACAGACUCUGAUUUGUCAUCCCUUCAAAACUCCACUGAGAUGACUACACCAUAAGGCUGCUUGAGGUCCAACUUACAGAUGAACAAAAUGUAGAUGAUAAGGUCACCGUUGAGGGUAAAAAAACCAUAGCUGUCUGACUGAAGGUUAUUCCUCAGAGGCUCUAUGCGUUGUCUGAGUGCUUUUUCGGGAUGAUGACCUGCUUGUCCUCGGAAAAUGACCAAGUUGCCUUCAUCAAAGCAAAUGCAAGAGUCCAGGUUUCCAAUGACUCCCUCUGUGGCUUGAUGUUUGUUUAGUUGACCUGAGGAUCACCAGGUGAAGAGAAGCUGCUGACCAGUUUUUGCUGCCAUUUUCUUCUUCCUUACAUUGAAUGGUGCCGUCGUGGAUUAGAGAAAUCCAGUCUCACUACCAAAACCUGACUUAACCUCGGUGUCUAGGUGCUGAAGUCUGAUUUGGUACUCCUUUGGAGUUAACGGUGAUAGUCUGUUUGCUUUGCUUAAAAAAAUGAUUUCAGAAAAUUACUUCCUUAAAAGCAAUAUUUGAAAGAAUGACAUUGAAAAUACUGAACCUCUAUACAGCCUGCAGUUAAGAGAAAUGUGUACAAACACAUCUGGCUAUUGUAAUCACACAGGAAUGUCCUUCCCUGAUAGGAAACAUGAGAUGAUAAUUACGGCAUUUUGUUGCUAAUCACAAUAACUUGUGUCUCUAGUUUAAUGCACAAGGGUAUUAUUAACAAGAUUGUGCACAUAUGGAAAAGGGAAAAGGGGUUUCUUUAAAAAAAAAGAAUGUAAGGAUCACUUCUCUAGUCUGCUGACGUUAUUAUGUCAGUGAUCGCAAAGUGUAACUUCUUUAUUCAUCCUUUCAUGAUACUGCUGUACAUCUUCAGCAGUGAUACAUUUCCGACAUCUAUCAUGCCCAGUUAACAUGUUUAAAUGGGUAUACGAAAAACCAAGUGUUCCUUUAGCAUUACCUCCAUAUUAUUUUCAGCGAACAAUGAAAAGCACAUGCUGAAAUGUUUUCCCUGUCUUUGGAGAACAAAUCUGACUUCACAAUCCUAUUGUCACUUACCUGGAAGUAAGAUUCAUUGAACUCAGUGGGUCUUACUUUUGAACUGACAGGUAUAGGGUUAUAGUGCAAGGAUGCAGUCCUGUGUGCUUUUUCCUGGGAGUAAGCUACAUUGAGCACAAUGGGACUGACUUCCGAGGAAGCAUGCAUAGGAUUGUGUUGUUAGGAGGCAAGUGCUUGCUACAGCAUUGCUUAACAUACAAACACUGAACGCCCUACCCACAAUAAACCUCAGGCACUGGAGUGCACGAAUUGUCCCUGCAUAUCAACCUCAGCUCCUUUACAUUUCAUGUAAUUUAGGAUAUUUUAUUUUUCUACACCGUGAAGCAGGAGGAGCCCUUCUGAAUCACCGUUUAGAUUGAUCGCUUUGCUCUGCUUUCUCUGCCAAACAUGCCAGCCAGCUUUAUUCAAUAAUUCACCUAGCUGCCUUAUCACAAAUACUUUAAAUGUUACAUUAAAUUUUGUAUAUAUUUUAGUUUUAAGGGUUUUUGUUGUUUUUUAAAAAAUAGAAUUUUAAAAAGAAAAUUUAUUUUUGUAGUAUGGUUUUGAUGAAAUAUUUUUUAUCCACGAGAGAAAGAUGUACUCCUAGCCUGGUUCUACUGUAGUGAUCCAGAUGUAACUCUAGGGAAAUACUGCCCAAAUGUGUUACAGCUGUAACAACAGCAACAACCAGAGGGAUAGGUGCUGUUGGAAAUAACUGGUGGCUAGUACUGUUAACACACACAAUAAUUAUUGCUGUGCUAACCCAUCCUUUUGUUUUUGUCGUUUUAAUUUACUGGGGGCCGAAAUCUAUGGGACAAUUGGGCAGUUCUGUCCUUGGGUGCAAUUUUCUCCCAGGGGACAGGCUGACCAGUAUUAGACCCCUAGCAUGGGGACAGGUGGCUUUAACCCUUUGCAUUACCAAUCUGGAGUGGGGCUCUCCCC